UUGGUUGCAGUCUGCACCAGAGAGAGCAAGGGGGCCGGGGCGGACAGGUGGACACAGAGAGAGAGAGAGAGAGAGAGAGAGAGAGACUAUACUCUACCUGCCUGCUGAGCUUCCCUGUAGCUUCCACAGAGUCGCUUUGGCUGCCGUUUCCGUGUCAGAAUGAGUAUGUACGGGUCUCAGAAGGCCCUGUACACGGGCCGCAGGGUCGGCUCCAAAGGCGACUUGACCGGCGGGGGCAAUGUCCAGUACUCCCGGAGCGAGAUCCUGCACGGAGCCGGUAACGGGUACGAGCCCUACAUGGACGCAGAUUAUAACACCUACACCUUCUCAAAGUCAUCUGGAGGCGGCAUGGGGGGCGGAAUGUUACGCGGAAACAUGAGCGGCUCGGGAGGCGGAAUGAUGAGCGCAAUGUCGAGCGGUAUGGUGAACGCCGCAAUGUCGGGCGGCAGAGGAGGCGGAAUGAUGAGCGGUACGGGAGGCGGAAUGAUGAGCGGUUCUGGAGGCGGAAUGUCGAGCGCAGUGGCAGGCGGAAAGUCGAGCGGAAUGAUGAGCGGUACGGGAGGCGGAAUGGUGAGCGGAAUGUCGAGCGGAAUGGCAGGCGGAAUGGUGAGCGGAAUGCCAAGCGGAAUGGUGAGCGCUGGAAUGUCGGGCGGAAUGGGAGGCGGAACGCGUGCCUCCGUUUCCAUCCAACAGAGGGCCAUGAUCCUGCAGGCCCAGUGCCAGGAGUACCUGAAGAAAGCCGACUACGCCCUUCAGUCUGGCAGUGCCCCAAAUGAGGCAGAGCGCUACAUGAUGAAGGCCAAAGAUAGCAUUGAGCAGCUUAAGGCCUGCGCGAUGGACCUGAGAGAUCUGGGAGAGCCCAUUGACAACGUAGUCAGGACUUUGGAGAUAUGUAAAGACCAGCUGAAGGGGGUCCACAUGGCCAUCUCCGGCACCACGCACAGGAGGAGGAGCACCAGAGGGGGCUCCGGAGGCUGGGAGGAGCCGGGAAGGAGCUACCAAGACGCUAUGGCCUGGAUUGCACAGCAAAAGCGUUUGAUAGAAACGGCUUCCUGGGGAGACGAUCCUGUAGCCAUCGAGCAGCAGCUCAGCAGCCACCAGAACUUUCACAGCUCCAUCCAGAGAGCCAGUGAGGUGGAGCGAGCCAAAGAAGACCUGAUGAGGAAAGGAGACAAGGGAAAUAUUCAUGCUUUGGAUCAGGAAUGGGACAGUCUACAGCAAAUGUCGAUCGGUCGGAUCGAGCAGCUGCAAGAACUCAAGAGCAUCAUUCAGGACAUGUCCAAAGAGAUCAUGUGGGUGAACGACAGGGAGGAGGAGGAGCUGAUGUUCGACUGGGGAGACAAGAACAUCGACCAGUACAUCCCACAGAAGCAGGAGAGCUACUCGAAGCUGAUGAGUGCCCUGGAGGGCAAAGAGAAGGACCUGAAUAAGCUGACAGCCAGAGUAGAUACCCUCCUGAAGAACAACCACCCGGCUUCAGACAAGAUUGAGGCUUACAAGGACACUCUGCAGACUCAGUGGAGUUGGCUUCUUCAAAUCACCAAGUGCAUUGACGUUCAUCUGAAGGAGAAUGCAGCUUAUAGCCAGUUCUUCAAAGAGGCCAAUGAGACGUACAGCAUUCUGCAGAAGGAACAUGAGACGGUCCGUAAGAGAUUCACCUGUAACAAGAACACUCCCCUGGACAACCUAGUGGAGCUCCUCAGGGGUCUGGAGAGGGAGAAAGAGAAGAUUAUGGAAAACAAGAGGCAGGUUCAACAUCUGGUCAGCAAGUCCAAGAACAUCGUGAGGCUGAAACCCAGAAACCCUGAAGAGAAGAGCGGCAGCCCCACCAUCGUCAAAGCCCUGUGUGACUUCAAACAAGACCAGAAGGUGAUCUGUAAGGGAAAUGAGGCGAUCCUAAAGGACAACAGUCAACGCAGUAAGUGGAACGUGACAGGCCCGGGAGGACUGGAUAUGUUGGUGCCCUCUGUGUGCCUGAUCGUACCGCCUCCCAACCCGCUCAGCAUCAGUCUGGCCAACAAGAACGAGCAGUACUAUGAGGCCAUCCUGCAAAUCUGGAGUCAGCUGUACAUCAAUGUUAAGAGUCUCAUCGCCUGGCAGUACUGCCUCCUGGAUAUCAGAAAAAUCAACUCCCUCACCAUCAGCAUGCUGUCCAGCAUGCGUCCUGAGGAAUACCGCCAACUUAUCAAGAGCCUGGAGACUCACUACGAGGAGUUCCGAGUGAACAGCCACGGCUCCCAGAUGUUUACCGACGACGACAAGAGAGGCAUCGAGAACCAGUUCACCGAAGCCCAGGACCACUAUGAGCAAAUAGUGGUGCAGCUGCCGACUUACAUUGCACAACAGGAACAUAUAGAAGUGCAGCAGGCAUCCAAGCAGCAACACCAACAACAGCUGAUAGAAGAGGAGGCCAGGAGGCGCAAAGAGGAGGCCAGGAAGCGCGAAGAGGAGGCCAGGAGGCGCGAAGAGGAGGCCAGGAUGCGCGAAGAGGAGGCCAGGAGGCGAGAAGACGAGGCCAGGAGGCUCAAAGAAGAGGCCAGGAGGCGCGAAGAGGAUAAACGAAAAGCGGAGCAGAAAAAGAGGGUAAAAGAAAAGGUGGUGAUUAAGACAUCUUCCCGCAGCUUAUCUGAACUGCACGCGCUCAGACUGAGGCUGGAGGGCGCCGAGGGCUCGCUGAGUCAGCACGUUCACAUCUGCCUCGGAGACGACGGGAUGCACGACUGUGGGCUCAAGAUCUCUCAGUUAGAGACGGUUCAGCAUGAAGUCGACUCGAUGCGCGAGGAGUACUUGCGUCUGAAGGAGAGUAUCUCCAAGGAGCUGGAGGGCAUGAGUGAUUCAGAUAAAGCCCAGUUCCUCCGCAGCGAGAUCGGAGUCAUCGACCAAAGACUGGGCAGUCUGGAGAGCAGCUCAUCAGCUUACCUGCAGCGGCUGCAGGCUCUAAGAGACAUGCUGGAGUGUGUGGCACAAGCUGAAGACAUAGUGAAAGUUCACGAGGCGAGGCUGACAGAGAAAGAGACCACCUCUCUGUCGCCCAGUGAAGUGGAGGAUUACACUCUGACCCUGAAGAACAUGAAAGCAGAGCUGGACCAGAAGAAGGAUGUUCUGGCCUCCAUGGAGGCGGCGUUGGCCAAAGCCAGCCACUGGAACGGGCAGGUGGGCGGACCCUUCCACAGGUGUGACAUGAUGCUGUCCAAGUACACCGAGGAGGUGGGCCUGCUGUCUGACCGCUGGAGACGACUCCAGGGCCAGAUUGACACCAGAGUCCAGGAUUUGCAGUUGUAUCAUCCUCAGCUGCAGACCUACAAGAAGACCAGCAGCUCCCUUAUUGACUGGAUUGAUGCCACGCGCAAAAACCAAGACGCCCUGCAGACCACCAAGAUAGAGAGCAUCCAAGCGCUGACGGACCAUAUUAACAAACAGAAGGCCCUGAACUCAGAAAUCAAAUCGAGGAGGGAGACGGUAGAGAGUGUGCUGAAGGACAACGAGGCCUGUGUGAAUUCUAUCAAGGACUAUGAAACAGACCUGGCCUCUUACACCUCUGGUUUAGAGACGUUGCUCAACAUCCCCAUCAAAAGGACGAUGCUGAAGUCGCCAUCGACGGAUCUUAAUCUGGAAGCUACACAAAUGCGGACCCGUUACAUGGAGCUGCUCGCCCAUUCUGGCGACUACUACAAAUUCUUGGGAGAGCUGCACAAAAACAUGGAGGAGCUCAAGAUUCGUAACACCAGGAUUGACCUGUUAGAGGAAGAACUUCGCCUGCUGAGGGAGAACAUGCAAGACCGCAACGCCAAGAACAAAUCUCUGGAGGAAGCCGUUUCCCGCUACCAGCUGGAGUUGUCCAGCGUGCAGAAUGAGAUGCUGUCGAUACAGGAAGUGAAGCAAAGCACUGCGCUGCAGUGCAAUGCCACCAAGGACAGCCUGGACACCACUAAGAGCCAGCUGGCGGACCUCAGCGAUGAGGUGACACGUCUCACCUACUUGCUUGAGGAAGAAAAGAGGAAGAGGAGGCUGGCGGAGGAGCGCUACACCACGCAGCAGGAGGAGUACGAGUCGGUGCUGAGGAAGAGGCAGAAGGAGCUUGAGACGAUCAGCUGGUCCAAGGUGGAGGUGGAGAAGAGUGAGCUAAAUAAGGAGCACGAGAUCCAACAGCUGCGGCGGCAGCUGGCUGAGGAUGGAGAGAGGAUCAAGGACCUACAGAAGGAGAUGUCAAAGGUAAGGAGCCUAUGCAGUACAGAGAUCAAUAACUUUAAGCUCAGCUACGAAUCCCAGAUCCACAUCGGCCGCACAGACAUCCAGAUGCUGGAAGCCCAGAGGAAGCAGGACGCAGCUGACUUUCAGCUGCAGUUUGACAGGAUGGAGGCAGAGAGGAGGAAUCUGGAGGAGGAGCUCAGGAGGCUCAGAAUGUCAAUGAGCCAGGCUGAGGAACACAGGAAGAGGGCAGAAGAAGAGGCUCACAGUCAGCGCGCUGUCAUCACCGAGGAAGGGCGCAGGAGGAGAGAUGUGGAAAGUCAGGUGGAGGUGCUGAUGAGGCAGAGAGUCGAGGAGAGCAGCCAGUAUGCAGAGCAGCUGGCUGAAGUCAUGAAGAGUCUGCAGGAGAAGAGCGAGGAGCUGACCUACGUCACACACAGCCUGGAGGAGGAGACCCGCAGGAGGAGAACUAUAGAAGAAGGGCAGGGUGUGCUCGAGCAGACUUUGGCCCAGCUGCAGGUGAAGCUAACAAGUUCGUCAACGGCUGCGACCCAGCUGGGGGAGUGCGAGGAGGAGCUUCUGAAGACGCGUUCGGAGCUGGAGAGGGAGAGCCGGGAGCGAAGCAGAGUGGAAGAGAACAUGAGCAGGUUGCAGGGACGCAUGAAGGACCUUCAGGCUGUGAGAGAUGGGCUGGAGAGCCAAGUGGAGAAUCUGAGGAAGGCUAACCAAGAGGAGGUGUCCAGAAGAAGGCAGGUAGAAACAGAGCUGGAAAACACCACCGUGGCCAUGACAGAGUACACCAACACCAUUACCACUCUACGCCAGAGCCAAGAACAUGCCAGCACGUCCGAAAAGAGAGGUGAAGAAGAGCGUCUUAGGUUGCAGGAGGAGCUCGAGAGAAGCUUGAGACAAAACAAGACCUCUGCAGAGCGCGUGGCACAGCUGAGCGUCGAGCUGAAGGCCCUGCAGCAACAACUCCUCCAGGAGCAGGCCAGAGGCAAAGAGGCAAACCUCAGGAAUGAGGGCCUUUACAGAACUAUAGAGGAGAAGAGUAAGACACUGAAUGAGAACUCUGUUGAGCUUCAAAGGCUAAAGGAGAUGACCGAAACCCAGACCAAAGAGAAGCUGAGGCUGGAGGAGGAACUAAGGGCAACGCGACAUGCUAAAGAUGAACUCCUGAGAUCCAAACAGGGAAGUGAUGAUGAGCUCUCUUCCCAGAUUACUGCCCUGGAGCUGCAGCUGCAGGCCAGUCAGCGAAGCAAUGCAGAUUAUCGCAACCUGGCCUCAGAGCUCUCCUCAGAGAGGGAGAAACUCAAGCUGGAGACUGAAGAAAUACAAAAGCAGGCCACCGAGACAUCGGCCAUGAUGCAAUCCAUUCAGUCCCAGUACAGUGAGAUUGUGAUGGAGAGAGAUGCUCUUUUGCUAAAAUUGCAGUUGUCAGAAAAGGACAAAGAUCGUUACAUAAGGCUAGAGGAGGAACUUAGUCGCAUUAAAUUGUCCCAAGAGUCUGAGCUUCGCAAUAAGCAACGUCUACAGGAGGAGAUUGAGAGGAUGAAGAGGGAUUUAGGUUACUGGAAAGACCAGUAUGAAAGUAAGGAGGGCCUGAUCAGGCAAUAUGACACAGACAAGGAACGUCUGGAGAGGGAAAAGAACUCUUUGAAAAGUGAGAUAGAAAGGCUGAUGAGGGAACUCCGGGAGCUUGAUGAGACAUAUAAAAGUAGACUGUCAACCAUGCAGAAAGAACUGCAAGAGGUGGCCAUUGUCAAAAGAACCAUGGAAACUGAGCUGACGAGAGCUAGAGAGCCCCCAACCUUGGAUGCCUCCACUUUGGUUUUUGAUGGAGUCCGUAAGCCAGUCACAGCAAACCAGCUACUUGACUGUGGUGUUUUGGACAAACCAACAUUCAGCCAGCUUGUGAAGGGGCAGAAGACUGUCCCUGAAGUGUCUGUCGACAAAAAAAUCAGUCUCAAAGGGACAGGCCCAAUUGCUGGGGUAGUAAUUGAAGGUCCGAAAGGUUCUGGGUCUAUUGCUGCACCCCAAUGCAAAAUGACUUUCACCGAAGCCAAGAAAGAGAAUCUGCUGCCAUCAGAUAGCGUUGACCUGCUACUAGAUGCUCAGGCUGCCACAGGCCACAUAAUUGACCCCAGGACUAAUCAGAAGUUGACAGUUGAAGAGGCAUGCAAUCAAGGUGUGGUUGAUGAAGAAGACAGAGAAAGGUUGCUUGCAGCAGAAGCUGCAGCUGUAGGAUAUGGUGGUCCUGGUACAAGCAAACCCCUUUCAGUAUUUCAGGCCAUGCAGAAAGGACUGAUUGACAAGAACACAACACUGCGUCUGCUACAAGCCCAGGAGUCUGUGGGGGGCAUCCUAGAUCCCGUACUCAGUGUGUUCCUUCCCAAAGAUACAGCCGUUGAGCGUAAUCUAAUUAAUGAUGACAUAUAUCGUGCUCUGAAUCAGAGGCCUGAGCUCUACCUGGACCCAGAGAGUGAGGAUGGUGUGACCUAUAUGUCAAUGAAGAGGAGAUGUAAGGUAGAGCCACACACAGGCCUUCUGCUUCUUCCUAUCCCUGAGAAGGUACACCCCUCCAAACUCAUCUUUGACGGUGUUCGGAAACCUGUCACUGCCAAGCAGCUGCUUGAUUGUGGUGUCCUGGACAGGCCAACAUUUAAAGCUCUAGAAAAUGGGAAAAAAAAUGUCCCAGAGGUGUCUGUAGACAAAAACGUAAAUCUGAAGGGGACUGGACCUAUUGCUGGGGUUGUAGCUGGGAGUCAAGGAAAAAUGUCUUUGUCAGAAGCCAAGAAACAGCUGCUCCUGCCUGAAGAUAGUGCAGAUUUGCUACUGGAAGCCCAAGCUGCCACAGGUCACAUCAUUGACCCCAGAACAAAUCAGAAGCUGACCGUAGAGGAGGCAUGCGCCAGAGGGGUGGUGGACCCUAAGGAUAGAGACAGAUUAUUGACAGCUGAAGCUGCUGCUGUGGGAUACAAGGAUUCUAGCGCAGCCAAGCCUCUCUCAGUGUUUGAGGCCAUGAAGAAGGGAUUAAUUGACAGGAAGACUGGCCUACGCCUGCUGCAGGCCCAGGAGUCUGUGGGAGGCAUUCUAGAUCCCAAUCUCAGUGUGUUCCUCCCCAAAGAUACAGCUAUCAAGCUCAACCUUUUGGAUGAAAACCUCCGUCAAGCUCUAAACCAGAGUCCUGAGUGUUACCGUGACCCGGAAACUGAGCGUGAUGCCAGCUAUGGAGCAUUAAAGAAAAGGUGCAAGACAGAGCCUCACACAGGGCUAUUACUUUUGCCAAUCACUGAGAAGCUAGAUCCUUCCAAACUGAUCUUUGAUGGUGUUCGUAAGCCAGUAACAGCACAACAGUUGCUUGAUUGUGGGGUGCUGGACAAACCCACACUUAACCAACUAAUGAAGGGAGAGAAAACUAUUCCACAGGUGUCUGUGGAUAAGAAGAUCUUUUUAAAGGGGACAGGAUCAAUUGCUGGUGUGGCAGCUGGACCCUUAGGGAAAAUGUCUUUAUCAGAGGCCAAGAAACAGAUGCUCCUGCCCCCAGAUAGUGCAGAUUUGCUACUGGAUGCACAGGCUGCCACAGGACACAUCAUUGACCCCACAACCAGUCAGAAGCUGACAGUAGAGGAAGCAUGUGCCAGAAGAGUGGUGGAUAUUAGAGAUCGAGAUAGACUCUUGGCAGCAGAAGCUGCUGCUGUGGGCUACCGGGAUCCUAGCACAGCUGAACCUCUUUCAGUGUUUGAGGCAAUGAAGAAGGGAUUAAUUGACAGGAAGACUGGACUACGUAUGCUGCAGGCCCAGGAGUCUGCUGGUGGCAUUCUAGAUCCCAAUCUCAGUGUGUUCCUCCCCAAAGACACAGCUAUAAAGCGUAACCUUUUGGAUGAUGACCUCUGUCAUGCUCUAAACCAGAGUCCUGAGUGUUACAUUGACCCAGACACUGAGCGUAAUGCCAGCUAUAGGACUCUAAAGAAUAGAAGCAAAACAGAGUCUCACACAGGCCUGAUGCUUUUGCCAAUUACUGAGAGGAAAGACCCUUCCAAACUGAUGUUUGAUGGAAUCCGCAAGCCAGUCUCAGCACAGCAGUUGUUUGAAUGCGGAGUCCUUGACAAACCUACACUUGACCAACUAGUGAAAGGGGUCAAAACGGUCCCAGCAGUGUCUAUGGAAAAGAUAGUCUAUCUUAAGGGGACUGGACCCAUUGCUGGGGUGGUAACUGGACGUGAUGGAAAAAUGUCUUUCUCAGAAGCCAAGAGACAGAUGUUGCUGCCCCUAGAUAGUGCAGAUUUAUUUCUAGAAGCCCAGGCUGCCACUGGCCACAUCAUUGACCCUAAAACCUAUCAGAAGCUGACAGUAGCGGAGGCAUGUGCCAGAGGAGUGGUGGAUAUUAGGGAUCGAGACAGAUUAUUGGUAGCAGAGGCUGCUGCUGUGGGCUUCAAAGAUCCUAGUGCAGCCAAGCCUCUCUCAGUGUUUGAGGCCAUGAAGAAGGGAUUAAUUGACAGGAAGACUGGGCUACGCCUGCUGCAGGCCCAGGAGUCUGUGGGAGGUAUUAUAGAUCCCAAUCUCAGUGUGUUCCUCCCCAAAGAUACAGCUAUAAAACGUAACAUUUUAGAUGAGGACAUCUGUCAUGCUCUAAACCAGAGUCCAGAAUGUUACCUUGACCCAGACAGUGAGCAGGAUGCCAGCUAUGGAACUUUGAAAGAAAGAUGCAAGACAGAGCCACAAGCAAGCCUACAACUUUUGCCAGUCUCUGAGAAGUUUGACCCCUCCAAACUAUUCUUUGAUGGUGUCCGUAAGACCGUCACAGCACAACAGUUGCUUGAUUGUGGGGUCCUGGACAAACGAACAUUUAAACAACUGAUGAAGGGGGAGAAAACUGUCCCAGAGGUUUCUGUGGAUAAAAUGGUCUUUCUGAAGGGGACAGGGUCAAUUGCUGGUGUUGCAGCUGGACCUUUAGGGAAAAUGUCUUUUACAGAAGCCAAGAAACAGAAAAUAAUGUCCUCUGACUGUGCUGACAUGCUACUGAUUGCUCAGGCAGCCACCGGCAAUAUCAUUGACCCCAAAACAAAUCAGAAACUGACUGUAAAGGAAGCAUGUGCUAAAGGAGUAGUGGAUAAGGAGGAUGAAUCAAAGUUGUUUGCAGCGGAAGCUGCUGCUAUAGGUUACAGAGAGCCAAAUACUGGCAAGCUCCUCUCAGCAGGCCAAGCCAUGAAGAAGGGAUUAAUUGACAAGGACACAGCUCUACGUAUACUUCAGGCUCAAGAGUCUGUAGGGGGCAUUUUGGACCCUGCCCUCAGUGUGUUCCUAGCCAAAAACAUUGCUCUGGAUAGGGAUCUCAUAGAUCAGGACCUAUCCCAGGCCCUGAAUCGGUAUCCUGAGUGUUAUAUAGACCCAGACACGCAACUAGCAUCCACCUAUGUAUCUCUGAAGAAAAAAUGCAAAGCAGAUCCAAGCACAGGUCUUUUGCUUCUCCCUGAACCUAAAAAGCCAUUAACUGUCCAGGGGCUCAGGGGCCAGGUGUCGGUCAUAGAUCUAGUGGAUGCAAAUCUAUUAGACCAGUCGGAUAUGGACAGCCUGAGGGAGGGCAGAUUGACAAGCCAGGACAUUGAAGACCGUCUGCGCUCCUACCUGAGAGGUUCCACCUGCAUCGCAGGAGUUUAUGAUGAGGACAGUGCUAAGGUGAUGUCCAUCUAUCAGGCCAUGAAAAACGGACUGCUGCGACCUGGGACCACUCUGGAACUGCUUGAGGCCCAGGCUGCCUCAGGUUUUAUAGUUGAUCCUGUCAACAACCAAUACCUGACUGUUAGUGAUGCCUACAAUAAAAGACUGUUUGGGCCAGAGUUUAAGGACAACCUGCUAUCAGCAGAGAGGGCUGUGACUGGUUACAAACUGCCUGGUACAGACAAGGUUAUCUCCCACUUUGAGGCCAUAGAGAGAGGUCUAGUGGAGAAAGGUCAUGGCAUGCGUCUUCUAGAGGCCCAGAUUGCCAGCGGUGGUAUCAUUGAUCCUGAACACAGCCAUCGUAUUGACGUGAAUGUAGCCUACAAGAGAGGUUACUUUGACAAAAAAAUGAACAGCAUUCUGACUGAUCCGAAUGUUAAUACUAAGGGUUUCUUUGACCCCAACACAGAGGAAAACCUAACUUAUCUGGAACUUAAGAAACGCUGUAUCACAGAUAAGAAGACGGGCCUCAUCCUUUUGCUUAUCAUGGACAAGAAAAAGCUAGAGUCGACUCUGAAGAACACUAUGAGAAAGAGGAGAGUGGUAAUUGUGGACCCAGAAACUAAUAAAGAGAUGACAGUACGUGAAGCAUAUGACAAAGGGUUUAUUGACUACGAAACCUUCGUGGAGCUGUCCGGGCAGGAGUGUGAGUGGGAAGAGAUCACUAUCACUGCUCCAGAUGGUUCCACACAGUUUGUUAUCAUUGACAGGAAGACUGGAAGACAGUUUGAUAUAACUGAGCUGCUUGAAACACAAGUAAUUAAUCAAUCGGAUCUAGAUAAAUACCAAUCGCGUACCAUCACCCUUAAUCAAUUUGCAGAUAUCAUCAAAAACAAGACCAAACUUGGAUCAUCCUCAUCAUUGUCGUCAUCGUCAUCAACUUCAAGAUCAUCAGCAGCCACAGGUACAUCUUCAGUGAUAUCAUCAUCAUUAACUUCAAGAACAUCAGCAUCCCCGGCUACAUCUUUGGUGACAUCAACAACUUUAAGAACAUCAGCAGCCUCAGUCCCAGCGUCAGUGACAUCCUCAUCGUCAUCAUCAUCAGUCCUGUCAAGACCCUUAUCACCUACUCUCGCUAAGAUGACCACAACAAGAACUACCACUGUCACAGAGCGAAGUGCCACAACCAGCAGUUUAGCCCAAGACUCAACUGACUCCCUUAGGAAUAUAUCCAGCGUAUCUAUCAACCUGGCUUCUCCUGUUGAAGCAGUGGGGGAACAGGAACCCGUGGGUGCCAUCUUUGACACAGACACUUUGGAGAAGAUAACCAUCACAGAGGCUUUGAAUCGAGGUCUGGUGGAUUCCAUCACUGCACAGAGACUGCUGGAGGCUCAGGUCUGCACUGGAGGACUCAUCAAUCCCAAAAAUGGCCAUAGGCUAAGCAUCCAAGAGGCCACCCGCCUGGGCAUAAUAAAUGACGACAUGGCCCCUAAGCUCAAGCCUGCCCAGAAAGCCUUCUUUGGCUUUGAGGAUUUAAAAACCAGGAAGAAGAUGUCUGCUGCUCAGGCCAUGAAAGAGUCGUGGCUACCAUAUGAGGCAGGGCAUAGGUUCCUGGAGUUCCAGUUUGUAACAGGGGGGCUUUAUGACCCAGAAAUGGGCUGUAGAAGAUCCAUAGAAGAUGCUGUCAAAAUGGGCUGGAUAGAUGUGAAAGCAGGCCAGAAGCUCCAAGACAUAAGACACCACACAAAGAACCUGACCUGCCCCAAGACCAAACUUAAGAUCUCUUACAAGGAGGCUCUGGAUAAUUGUUUGGAGGAGGAAAGCAAUGGGUUGAAAAUGCUCCAGGCAUCAUCUGUGUCUUCCAGAGGGAUCAGCAGUCCUUACAAUUUUGCCUCUGGCCCAGGCUCCACCGCUGGCUCCAGGAGUGGCUCACGACAAGGCUCCCGCAGGAGCAGUGUGGACCUAGGCUCCACCUCCUCAUCAGCUUUACAAAGUCAUUCUAGCUUCACCACCUUCUACGCCACAUCCACCAAAUAAAUCAAGAAAAGUUACUGCACAUUCAUGCUCUUGCAAAUAAAUCAGUUUCUUAAAAGUAUACUGAUUGUUUAGAUAUGAACUUGUGUGUGUUGUAUAUGAUAAGAAAAAUUCAAAUAUAAUGUUCUUAAACUGUUUGCGUAGUUUUAGAUUUUAGCUUUGGUGUUGCUAUGCUUUUAAAAUGCCAUAGUUCAAACAAAUGAGCUUAAAGCAAACACUACAGAGAUGUUUUUUGUGGAAAUGGACUAAAGUGUGUUAAGGUAUUAAGAUUUAAAAUAAAGUGGAUGUUAAUAUAAUUGUGGGUGCCUUUUAGAAUUGGAAAUGAUUGCCAUAUUCUUGCAUACAGUUAUUACAAAUAUAUUUUUCAAAAUCUUCAUGGAAGGUUAUUUCUUUUAAAACUUUACAUUGGUAACAAAAUGGUGUUAUGUUUACAUUUAUUUGUCAUCUAAAAUGCCUGUUUUCUGAGGGGAAGGAUUCAAGGUUUGGUUACAUACAUUGGCUUAACUACAUUUUUUACUGAUUCAGUUGUUAACCAUUGUUUUUUUGCUCUUUAGUGCUUUGUAACAGUUUCUCAAUAUCUCAAAAUAAAACUUUUGUGUUUUGCUUA